UUUCGAAACAUUUUCAAAAAGCAUAGCAAAAAUGUAUUUCACAAAAUGUCACACAAAUGUCCAUCUGUCAUCAUGGUACCAUCCCACGGUGAGCAAUACAAAACAUCUGCUGCAUGCUGUCCUGCUUGCGAUCCUACACUCCCGCACCCGCUGCUUACCAUUUCAAACAAGACCAAACCCGUGUAAAGCUUUGAUGAGGUUUCUUGUAAAAUUCAACAUUAUCCCAACGAAUCGAGGAGCAGUCAGUUUCAGUGUAAUUUGUAAGUUCUCCAGCUCCACAUCGCCUUCUGUCCACUGUUCGUUGUUUGCGCCUGUGAAAGUGUGUAUUUUAUGCAACAAAAAAAAGACGAAUGUGUAUGAAUGCUCCGUGCGCAAGAGCGGUAAACGCGAAACAACGUGAUCGAAUCCGCACCGCGUUUACCGUAGUUGAAAGCUACGGUGAGUGUAAUCGGACGCAGACACGACGAAAAGUUCAAUAAUCCCUACACCGGAGUGGUCCAGUUCCAGUUCCGUGCCUGCUGCGAUUACCCCAAAAAGAGAACACCCACAGUGUGUGUGUGUGUGAUCUAAUUUAAUUUGUAGUAACGGACGUUGGUUUCGGGAUUCGAACAAUUCCUGCAAGCAAAAGAAGGUACCAACAUCCAAAAGCAAAUCGGAGCAAAGGUGCAGGAGAUAGGCACUCUCCGUCCAUAGGUGUACAGAUAUGAGUAGCAGUGCUUCAUCGUCAACGGCCGGAAAUAAUGCGGCUGGUACAGCGGCAACGAGCCAAUCCGGGCAGUCCGGUGAAGUGGGACAUGCUACGGACGGAAGUGGCCAUGCGAACAGUGCUAGUGGACCGGGAGGAAAUAUUGUGGAAAAGCAGCAGAGUGGCGGUGGUGUAGCUGGUCAUGCUGGAACGGAACCAAGGACCUCCUCACCUGCCCAUCAUCGGAACGGGGGUGGUGGUGUAGUAGGAACCGGUGGUAAUACCACCAGCAGUACCACCACCACCGGAACAGUCCUGCGGCGAAAGACGAACGUUUGUCUCAUCUGUGGCAUUUACACCAAUUUGUCGCUCAACAUAUUUGAGCCACGCAAUGGACCGAACAUCGUCGAUGUGAUCUACGAAAAGUACAAGUUCCGGGCCGAACGUGGUGAUAAUGCGGACAAACACAUAUGCUUCAGCUGCAACAACUGGCUGAUCAAUUGGUACUCGCUGCAAAACACAUCUUCUGGCAGUUCGCGAACGUAUGAACCGGCACCAUCAACAAGCCGCUCGUCCUCGGCAGCGGCGGACAGCAGCAACAAUAGCCGGCACGGUCGGCACCAUACUCAUAAGCCGCGCACGAAAAGCCAUUACCGUAGUAUGUCCUUCGCUUCCGACUCAUCGAACGAUAAGGAAAAUCGACAACAAAAAGCCCAAAAACCACAACCCCAAACGUCGAAUCCGGAACAACAUGGUCAGAUAUCUUCCACGACAAAUACACCCUCAGAAGACUACACAAGAUCACCGCAAUCGAACCGUAGCGUACAUCCUUACUCGAAAACGAAAAAUUCGUUUGCAAAUUCGCGACGAUCGCUGGUGCUUAAAGAGAAGAAUGGCCAACGGGGAGAAGCACCGAACGAUGGUUGGUGGAAGCAGCACGAAGGAGGAAAGCAAGACUCAGACAAUGUUGUGUCGAGCAGCACGGCGGAGCAAACGCUAGAUCCGUACACGAUACUAGUCAAACCGUUCGAAAACCGUCUCAUACAAAUGCUGGAAGGACAGGGCACAAGUGUAACGAAGGAAAGCGCUGCACCACCAAACACCACCCGUCCAUGGACACCGCGCGCGAUGAUCGAUAGCGCGAACGGCAACAACGUAACCGUCGUCCAGCGAAGAAGCUUCGAUGUGAAUGGAAAUGUGGCUAGCGUCGCACCGAACGAUGCAGACGAAGAGGGUACGAAGGAAAUUGUUAUCAGCUUCGAUACAGCCCUUUCGGAAGUGAUCGAUGUGGUGCCAUCGCUAAAAGCUAUACAAUCGUGGAACGUUGAACCGGUGAAAUCGUUGCCGACGGACCCGGUAAGAUCGUUGCAUCAGCGAUUAUCCUCAGGAUCACUCACUGUUUCGGUGAUUGGCGGCACAGUAUUGGAAUAGUGAAGAAGCAAAAAGCCAUCACAAUUUACAA